AUGAAAUCUGCGAGAAGUGUUCGUUCCUUAAGGUCCAUACGGUCGACCAAGUCUAUGGUGGAGGAAAGGAGAGCUGAAGAGUUUACAGACAACUUUGAUAGCUUGUUAGUUCUGGCGUGCUCUAAAUUCAAUUGUCCCUAUACGGUUACUGUAAAGAAAGAAACCAAACAGGAGAUACUUAUUACAAAUAGAAGAGACGUUCCAAUGGUGUUGAUGAAAGUGAUCCGUAUUCUGGUGCCAUUCUACAAGAAUUUAACAAAGAUAACUAUAAGUAAUUGUAAAAUAGAUAUGUACGUAAUAUAUGAGUUAAGUAAAAUACUUCAGAUAUCCACAAUAGACAGCAUAUGUCUCGAUGGUUCGGCGAUGCCAUUAGGAGACUUUACUAUGCUUUUGAAAACUUCAAAUCUUACAAAUCUGUCUCUCUGCCGGUGCAAAAUUAAUGACACCGCAUGCGAACUCAUUGCCUCUAUGUUACAUUGUUCGGCUCCAGCGGAUAAUUUGUUGCUUUUAAAUCUAUCUUCAAAUCAGAUAACAGAUGUCGGUGUCAAAUACAUCGCUGAUGCUUUGAGAAACAAUAUACGUCUGAGGUAUUUAAAUUUGGCCGACAAUCGCAUAGAAGACGAAGGCGCCGGUUAUAUUUUUGACGUAUUAAUGGAAUUUCCUUUACUAUACGAUGAAAUAAUGAAAAUGAAAACGAACAGACUUAAAUACUUGAAAUUGAAAAAUGCUUUAUAUAUUAAAUAUUUGUCAGAAUAUUGUAACAAAUCGAUGGAUGAUGACAGUGACACUCACUCGACAUCUAAGAAGAAAAAACCCAAAAAUACGGCAAAGAGAGACAAAAAUAAAGGACAAGGUUGGACAAACGAAGAAAGUGUGAAAAUAAGAGCAGAAAUGAUGACGGCAGAAAUAUUAGGACCCUACACAGCUCCAUUUAGUCCUGACAUGAUCAAUUAUAAAAAUCAAUAUUAUUAUUGUCUUGGCAAUGAUACACUCCAAUAUUUGAAUCUGGCGUACAAUAAUUUGUCAUAUUUAAGUUUGAAAAAAUUAAACCAAGUGCUAACGUAUCAGAAAACACUUAGAUCAGGAAAUAGGGGACUCACGAAAGUUGUUAUGGAUGGUAAUAAUUUACCCAUAUCUUGUUCCGAAAUGGACAGCAUAAAUCACAUUUUGGGUGGAAAAAUAAUGCGUUAUAGUGGCAGGCUUUCUGAAGUUGGUCGUCGCAAAGGCAAAGGAUCCUUAAGAAUGGAGAAGUAA